GGACUUUGCCGAAAUAAAAGCACGCGACGCCAUCUUAGAUUCGUCUUGCGCGGAAGUAUAUGCACUGCAUUAAUUUGUUUCUUUAUUCAUUUCUACACGAGUUCAGAAGCAAGAAGAUCAGGCGAGCAUGAGUCAGUAUAUUCAAGUUACGGAGGAGGAGAACGAGGAACCUAUUGAAAUUCCAAGUGAAGAUGAUGGUACCCUGUUAUUGACGACACUUUCUGCCCAGUUUCCUGGAGCAUGUGGAAUGAAAUAUCGCAAUCCAGAAACCGGCGCUUAUCGUGGUAUCCGCCUUGUAGAUGGGCGCCUGCAUCCACCAGAUGGUUUAUGGGAAUCCCACGUCUACGUUUCGGUGUUUCCAAAAGAAAACAAAAGGAAGGGCGAAGAGGGCCAAGAGAACCCAGCAGCCAAGACAAAGCGAAUCGAGACAUCACCAUGCAGCACAGAUCUCAUUGUCCUUGGUCUGCCAUGGAAGAGUACAGAAGAUGACCUAAAGAAAUAUUUCGCCCAGUUUGGAGAACUGCUUUUGGUGCAGGUUAAGCGAGACAUCAAGACUGGCCAGUCCAAAGGAUUUGGUUUCAUUCGAUUUGUGGAACACUCAGCUCAAGUGAAGUGCAUGUCCCAGCGUCACAUGAUAGAUGGCAGAUGGUGCGAUGUCACCAUACCCAACUCAAAGGAAGGUGCUCAGCAGCUCAUGAACAGGAAAGUCUUUGUGGGGAGAUGUACAGAAAACCUGAGUGCUGAAAACUUGCGAAACUACUUUGGCAAGUUUGGUGAAGUUGUGGACGUCUUCAUUCCGAAGCCUUUCAGAGCCUUUGCUUUCGUAACAUUCGCUAACCCUGAGAUAGCCCAGACCCUCUGUGGUGAAGACCACGUGAUAGAUGGGACCAGUGUCCAUGUCAGCAGUGCUGCCCCCAAGAAUAUGGAUCGCCACGGUGAUCGCAAAGGUGGAGGUGGGGGGUACAACCAAGGUUUCAACCAAGGCUUUGGGAAUCAGGGUGGAUGGAGCCCAGGGCCUCGCCCCUCCCCUUCCCAUCAAAAUAAUAUUGGUAAGCAGAACAGUCAAAACAUGGCUCAAGGGGUUGAUAACCAGGUUGCUAACAACAUUGGAAUGAAUCUUCUAAACAGCGCCAUGAUGGCAGCUGCCCAAGCUGUUUUAAGUGGGCAAGGUCAGUGGGGACCCCUGGGGCUGGCAGGACAGGGAGGUGGUGGGGGCGGGGGUGGGGGUGGAGGUGGAAAUGGGGACACUACCCCGAAUCAGAACAACAGUAAUCAGACCUUUGGGAAUAUUGGUGGGGGUGGAGGACAGGGCGGUGGAAGCAACUUCCUAGGGUGGGGUGGUCCACAUUCUGAUGGGCAAAGCCACAGUCCUGCAAGUCAGGGACAGUAUGGAGGAUGGGGAACUCAUGGCAGUGGGGGGAGGUCAGGGGGGUGGAGCUGAAUGGAGUGAAUGAAUAGUAUAGCAGUGGUCAUUCAGCCUACAAACACCUGCACAGUUCUACAUCCUCAAUUAUAAUUGAAGGUGCUUCUCAAAACUGUCAACCAAACGUCCAGAUUAAUUGUCUGUCAGAAAUUCUAAGUUUGUGCUAUAAUAUCUUUUCGAUGUGGACUAGUUUAAAGAAUAUAUCAGCAAAUGUAUGUUAAGUGACUACUGCUAUGCUGUUGUGUGGUGGGAUGUUGGAAACACAGCAGCUGUGGUGGAAAUGUGGUAGAGAAGCAUGUGUGAGGCAAGCGCUGUGAUGUGGAGGAUGGGCAGUGCACCACAUUGAUAGUGAGGAUGAGUUGGGAGUUUGUAUGAUGCUCUUAUUGAACUUAAGGGGCACUGUCUUCCUGACCUGCAUAUAGAGUAGCAGUGCUGUGUGAGUGGUGGUUAUGAUGAUGCACAUACUGUUGCUGUUGGCUCUCAAGUUUUCUGUUUCAGAUGGGUUUCCAUCUUUGAACUUGUCCCCCCAUUUGUGUUAAUUUGAAGAUCUUGAAUUCUUCCUCUCACUAAAUUGUCAUAUUCUAUUACUUUAGAACAUUUUCUUACCAACCAAUGCAGAUUUCCAGAAAAUCUACAAAUGUUUGCAAAUAAUUUUGUAAAUGGAUAGAAAAUACUAUUUUGUAGUUCCAUUUCCUUGAAAAAUGUAUUGUAACGGAAAUGCCAUUGACAGGGUUCACUCUAGUAAUUUUCUGACAUCGGCCCUUUAUGUGAAAAUUCAAAUAUUCCCACACAUGACCAUACAGCACAAUGUUAAAAUGCCCCUCUGUAUUGAAAAUGUGGGCUUUUUUCUAAUUUAGGGGGUAAAAGCACAAGGCCCCACCCUAGAAUUAUCCCUGCAUUGAUAUUUGUAGUACUAUCAGUUGCUUGUUGUUAUAUGGCCUUUGUAGCCGUUGCAAAUCAUGUUGUGUAUUGUCAGUGAAUUUGAAAGUUUUUGUGUGUGUGUAGCAUGUUUUACUUGCUUGAAGGGAGCUUGGGGAGAGUGAGCUGUGCAAGGAGAGGAUUGGGAGGCAAAGCUUAGUCCUAGACACAGCACAUACAUUGAAAAGCAACAGUCCUACAUCUAGUGGUGAGAGUAGAUCACCAUGUACAUACAGCUUUCUUGCAGACCGCCACCAUCACAGAGUAGCAUAUGUCUCAGUGUAGUCCGUGUUGUUAACUGUCAAGUGUCAUGUCAUUUUAAUGGUCAUAUCAUUCACAAAUGUCACAUCUGCAGGAAUGGACGUUAACAUAGCUAUAUAUACACUUUCAUACUUGUCACAACAUGCAGUAUUCAAAUUGACUAAAUUUGCAUUGUUUAUCAAUCAGCCAUGUUUUGGCUUUGUAACAGUUGAUAAGAAAUUCUCUUUGAACUCAAUUUUUACUCCAUACAGAUUACAGGAGAUUAUUGGGGAAAUAUCAAGUUUGCCUACAUACAUCAUUGAUUGUAUUGCCUAUAUGAUAAGAACAUUUUACCUGAAAAGACCAAUCUGCUUGUUUCACAUUGUGUUUUUGGUAAAAUUUGGUAACAUUGGUCACUGAACUGUGUCAGAAUAUGGUUGAAUGGAAGAUAUUGUCAACCUGGAAUGAGGAAUUUUGAGAGAUGAUGUUUUGCAGGUGAUGAAUGACAUUUCCCAAUAUGAUUGAGUGGAAUGAUAUUUUAGAUAUGUGGAAUGUGUCAAAUACAUUGUUUGAUUUGGUUUGUUUUGAGUGACAAUGCUAUUGAAAGAUAUACACCAUG